CCAGUCCCAUGGAGAAACACAUCAUGGCUGUAGAAACAGUGGAAGAGAAAACAGAUUUGUCUACGGGGAUUAUUUACCGAAGGAGAAUUGCAACGUGCCAGAAUGUAAUUCCUGAAAUUUUAAGAAAGGUCAGUGUCUUAAAAGUGCCUGACAUCCACUUGGAAGAGGAAUCUUGGCUUAAUAUGCAGAAGAGAAAUAUGGCUAUGAAAACCCACUGUCUUACAUGGACGCAGUACGCAUCCCUGAGCGAGGAGUCUGUCUUCAGAGAGAGCCUGGAGAAUCCAGACUGGACAGACUUCACACAGAAAGGCAGAAUAUCGGUUAUGGGGGCAGGUUUGCUCAACUGUGUGUUGGAAGCUUUUGCUCGAUCAUUUUUAAAACAAGGUGUGAAGAAGGGUAUUAAAAUAAUGGAGACACUUCUUCAGGAGCAGUGUGGGUGACCGUGUGCUUAAUGGGCAGUUGAGAAAAUGUAUUUGCGUAGAGUUUCCUUGGAACCACAUAUCUUUAUUGCCAUUGGAAUUCCAUAGCUGUUGCCUGAACUUUACUGGCACCAUUUUAUGGAGGAAAGAGAGUUUAAUAUGCACAGCUGGAAGAAAAGAUGACUACAGACUGCAAAUCUCCUACAAAAGACUAAGGAAUCAUACUGCUUAUGGGGAUGUUGAUCCUGAAAAUCAGAGGAACAAGUGUAAGCUUGGAAGCAGCAUCUUCCCGUGAGUUGGUGCUGUAAUCUCUAGGGACUAAGAAUUUGGUGAGGGAACACAGAGCAGCAAACCAAGACUGGCCUCGUGGCCAUGAAGACGUCCUUGCCUGGGCACACCGUGGCUGGGUGGCUGCCGGGGGUGCUGGCGGGCACGGUGCUGGCUGGCUCUGUGGGCCGGGGGCUGCAGCCGACAGGCGCUCGGCUCCAGCAGCCCACGGGGGUCGCUGCUCCUGCUGAGCCGCUCGUCACUUCAGUUCCAGUCGCUGUGUUGGAAAUACUUGGUUGUUGUACCCCUGCCAACAUGAUUAUUUUCAGCUGUAACGAUGCGCCUCAGUACAAGUUUUGCAUAUAUUUGAAUUCUUUCGGAAAGUAUUUCUCUCGUAUUGCUUCUGAGUAGGAGAAGAAAUCUGGAAGGGAAUUCAGUGCAAGUAAAGUUCCUGACAAAGAGCAUCUCAUGCUCUUUUCCUCCUUUUAUUCCACACACCAUAUCAGGAUAGUUUUAUUUUAAACUUCUCAUUUAAAAUUUAGAUAAGCACAAACGGUCUUUGAUAGCUGCUGCUGAGUUCGGGUAAUACCGCACUUUGCAGGUGGCCCCGCUGGAGUCAGUGUUUGUUCUUUGUGGAGAUUUGACCCAGUUAUUUGAUUGCCCUAAAGCAAAAUGAUCGCCUUUCUGUUUCUCAGGGUGGGUUGUGUUUUAUUUUCUCAGCUGUGAUGUGGACUCAGUGCCGUGGUCCUGCGUAUUUCGGUACGUAACGGUCUGAGCUGCCCUGGGGAGCUCGGUGGGCGCGUGCUGCCGACAGCCCAGCCACGGCCCGUGGCACACGCCAGCGCUGCGCCCGCCCGCAGCCCCCGCCCGCUGCCAAACGCUGCCCUGCUGUGUGAGGAACGAGCCCCACACGGGCCUUGGGAAGUGACUGCGUUUACUGCUAGUGCAGUGGAACAGAGUAUUUUCCCUUGUCUUUCUUAUUUUGGUUGUUAACCAAGUCUUGUGAAUUUGGGCUUUGAAUACUGAACAGUAAAUAUUUAUGAAAUGUAAUGGCCAAGACUAAAUACAUUCAUUAGCAUGUUUAUUUUUAUUGACUUUGUUGCUUUGUGUGCUUGAGGAAAUUAUGAAAUUAAUUCUAUUUGAACUGCCAUGUACAAUUUUAGGACUAACAUUUUUAUUCUCGCAUCACUCUAGAUUUUGGAAUUAGGAUAGGAAACAUUUGUGUCCUCCCCCACUCCCAGAGUAGAAGUCAUCUAUGAAUGAUGAAAGUCCAGUAAAAUCCAGUCUCUUCUGCAAAGCCUGAGUUACCCAUCUGCUUGCUGGUAGGUGCCAGAAAGAGAAGAGUUAUGACUUCUCCUGGGAGCCUGGUGCUUUUUGUGUGUCUGUAUGUUUCUUGCUGAUGUAUAU